GACUUUUUAAGCGCCUGAUUGCAUAAGGGCAGUCCGAAUCGCUCAGAAAACGCGUCAACGAGAUAAAAACGCGUCUCCGGCCAAGCUGCCGCUUCAAUUGAACACGCGUCGUGGUCCAAGUUCAAGCCAAAAGACCAGCUUCGUCAUCAGCCCACACAUUUGAACUUGAAGAUUUUACAAGAUAUAAUAAUUUUCAAAAAUAAAAUACCUUUGUCCGUUCCAAAAACAGAUUUAAUCAAUUAACGUCGCAUUAAGAAGACAUAAAAAACAUGCAAAUCAUUCGACAUUCUCUAAUCCUUUUCCUGGGACUAUUCUUCCUUCUUCAACUGAAAGAUGCCUCCGCCGCCAAAAUAAAAUUACUUGGAUUUAAGGGGCCGCACGCCGGCUUUAUUGGCCUUAAAGUUCGGACCCCCAAACAUCUUGGUUUAAAGUCUGGACUAAUUGGUGGCGCUGCUGGAUUGGGACUCGGAACCGCCAUUGGAACCAAGCUUGGAGCAGCAGGCGCAGGAUUGGCAGGAGCAACUUUGGCGGCACCUGCCUUGCUCGGAGCCGGAUUAGUGGGGGCAGGGAUAGGCGCCAAACUGGGUAGCGCUCAUGCUGGCGGCGGCGGUGGAUAUGGCGGUCCUGGUUACGCCCCCGGCUAUGGAGGACCUGGAUUCGGCGGUGGAUAUGGCGGAGGUUUUGGUGGUGGCUAUGGAAAAAGCAGUGGCUAUGAACACCACGAGUACCACCACGAAGAGAGCCAUUACAGCAGCGGAGGUGGUGGCUAUGGAGCCGAACCUUGGGGAAAAUAGGCUAUAAUAAGUUAAUAUCAUUUGUUUGCCAUUAGAAUCCAAUGUUAUUGUUA